AUGGAAACUUUAGUUCUCAAUUUGGUGAAACAAUUUGAGGAUGAUGUUGAAUAUGAAUUCAUUGUUGAUGAAUUUUAUAAAUUGAAUAUUAGUAAAAAAGAAUCAAUAGAUAUUAAUGUUUUUAAACCAAGUAGAUUUUUAAUAUUGGAUUUUUCAAUAAUUUCAUACAUAGUAAAUAGAAUAUCAGAUAAAUCAAAGAGAAACAGAAUAGAUGAUAUAAUUAAAUUUAUUAGAGAGAAUAGUAAUAAUAAAGAUCAAUUUUAUUAUAGAAAUUUACAGCAUUAUAUAAAUAAAGAAAAAUCAAAAGAUUUGAUAGAUAGUGAAUUGGAACAGUUUUUGAAUUCCAAUCAAUUUCAGUAUAUAUAUAAGGAUUUAGAGAAAAUUCAAAAAUCACAAGAUUCAAUAUUACAUUCAACUCAUAAUCAUUUUAAAACACAAUUAUCAACCAACAUAAUGAAUCACUUGACAAGUAGAAUAUCAAAUAGUAUAACUUCAGUUUAUAAAAUAAUAAAUAUAAUAUUGAAAAAUAAAUUAAAUAAUAAAUUAAAUAAUAAUAAGAAACUAUCUACAACCAGUUUACUAAAAUACUUAGUAAACAAUAAUAUGCAAUAUUUGAAAAUUAUCAAGAGAUAUAAAGAAACUGUUGAUGAGACAACAGAGAUCACUAAAGAUGUGCGAUACAGUUUGCUAAUUCGAACAUUGUUGGAGCGAUCGGAUGCUUGGGUUGAGAAUCUCGACAACAUUAAAAUUGAUUUGGAUUCUCAACAAUAUUUUAGACAUCAUGAUUUCAACCUGCUUAAAGAUGGUAUUCUAUCGAAAAAGGUGAAAGAGUGUGGGUUGGAGCCUUUCUUUAAAAGAUGUAUAGAAGUAAUUUCCAACCUAAAAUCAGCUAAUCUUAGUGAUUUUUCCGAGGCCUUUUAUAUACAUUUUCUUUUUUUACAAUUAAAUAAUGAUCUAUUAAGAGUUCCAGAAGAAGAUGUGAUCCAACAAUCCGAACACAUCAUUUUCAGACUGAGGAACAUCGAUUCUUUUAAGAUUUUUCCAGUGAACACAUAUAAUGGUAGUUUCACAAUGCAUGGCAUUGACUGGCUUGAGAAACAAAAGACUACAAUAGUUGAAUCAAGCUAUGAUAUAACUAACAUCAUGGAUAUGGAUAUCCAUGAUUCAAUCCAAGAAAAUCAAAACGAUUUUUUUAGUAUAUUUACAAAUACUUUAGAUAUAUUUUUGUCAAAGUAUAAUAAUUUAGAUAUCAACAUUAAUGAAAAAUUCAUCACUAUCAUCACAAAAUUCAAAUCAUCUUUAUUAUAUUUACCAUUUCCACCAGAAGCAUCACCUUCUACAAUUAAUAUUAUUAAACAAAUCAAUAUUAAUAUUCAUAAAUCAAUUUUAACUUUAGAUGAGUAUUUAAAAUCAACAAAUACAACACACUAUACUCAUAUCAUUGAUUUAAUUAAUCAUAUCUAUAUGUUAUGUACAUCUUCUUUAAUUAAUAACCAUUUUAUUCAAACUUCAUCUCUACAACCUCAACAACCAUCAGAUAAUGAUGUAAUAAUAAUUACAACUCAUUCACAGUCACAAUCUAUUACAUCGCAACCCUCCAACACUCCAACUUCACCAAUGCUUUUUAAUUCAACUCUAAAAAGUUCAUUUACCAUCUUCUUACAAUCAAUCCACAAAAAGAAAAAGAAGAAACCAGUAUCAAGAGCCAAGAAGGUGUCGGUUAAAAAGGCACCAAAGAAUCCAGCAAAGAAACCUCAACCGAGAGCCAAGACCAAUACUACCACCAAUGACAAGUCGCGUCGACGAAAAUGUAAACCUUCCAUACCAGCUAAAUUGACCGACUAUGCUGCCAACAUUAGACUGUUAACCAAAGUAUCGUUUCAUGGAGUAUCUACACAUGAAGAAUCAAUACUUUUGUUUUUCUGGAUGGCAACCUCGACUGAUUUUCUCAAAUCUCGUGAAACAAGAGAAGCUACCCGUUUUGAAAUGUAUAGUAGAACAAAACUAUAUGUAUAUCGAAACAAAGUUGGACUCGAAUAUUUAUCCAAUAUUUCAAUUACAACAAUAUCAGCUUUUAUAGAAUACUCGAGGGAGAUUAAUGGAACUACUGCAACAUCCUCAUCAACUACAACUACAACAACAUCCACAACUACAACAACUACAACAACUACAACUACAACUACAACUUCUUCUUCUUCUUCUUCAUCAUCUUCAUCCUCCUCCUCAAACAAUACAACAAAACAAAAAAGAACAAGAAUAUUUUUUCAUAUAACUGACCAUCCUUGGAUUGAUUUGCCUCCGUUGGAUUCUAAUGUUUCCAAUCAACCACCUACAAAGGAAAAGUAUUCAUAUACUUUAGCCACUAGACUCUAUUAUCUGAUAGACAAAUUCAAAUUUACAUUAUUCCCCCAUUUGAAAGGUGAACAGGAAGUUUUGAAUCUAUUCAAAAUUCCUAAAUCACUUUCCAAUAAGAAUAUUUCCAUCAACCAUAUCAUGACAGACGGUGUCACUUUGUAUUUAACUUACUCCAAAGUAGUAAAUCAACCUCAAGUUUUAGUUCAGAUGCAACCAGUUGAGACGGAUACCAACCAACCUAUUGACAAAGAGCCAGAUCCCGAUGAAGAACCAGACCCAGAUUCCGAAGAUGAGUUACCGCCAAAGAUUGUAACUCCAACAUUGCCACCAGAAUAUUAUGCUUGUGGAAUUGCUUGCGAUCCAUCGCCGAGAAAGAAUUGUUAUGUUAAUCAGAAAAUCAAGUUUGAUUUUACAUCCAAAGGUAACACUCAUAAACUCGAUGAUAAAGUUCUGAACAUCAAGAGUUUAAGUUAUAAAUUCGAUUGCAAAACAUCGAAAUUCAACAACAAAAGAAAUACUUUUAUUGGUAAAGAGAUGGUAGAAUAUGAAACUACAUUCCCAUCGAUUGAUAGCUCGAGAACUAAUGAUAUCUUAAGUGUACAAUGUUAUAUUAGAUCUCUAGGUUUCCGAUAUGGAAACAAAGACAACUAUUUAAAGUUCUCUCAGUAUAAGAAGCGAAGAGCUCAAGUACAAGUCAAGAAACUACGCUUCAAACGAUUCAUCCAGAAGAAAGUAGCCAGAAGCCAUCGUUCUAAAUUGAUUUACACUCACGCCCUCAAGGGAAUCGAUGCCUACUUGUCGGGUGAAAAAGGUGCCAACAAAAACCAUGUUGGUUCUAGUAGUAGUGGUAGAGGAAGUAUCAGUGGUAAUGGUAAGGAUAGAGGUAGUAUAAGUAUUGGUGGUGGUGGUGGUGGUAGUAACACCAAUUUUUUUAGUAUAUUAUCAAAUCAUGAUGAAGAUAAAGAUGAUGAUGAAUACAACAAUAAUAACAAUAAUGUUAACAAUAAUAAUAAUAACAAUGAUAACAACAAUAAUAAUGAUAACAAUAAUAAUAAUAAUAAUAAAAAAAAAGAAAUGAAUUUUCGUCAACGAUCACAUUAUAAACCUAAACAACAUCAAAUAAUUAAAUGUAGAUUUAGCGAAACCAUUCAAAAGAUAAUUAAUAGUAAUAAUAUAAAAUUUAAUAAUAACAAAUCAUAUACAGUAAUAACUAUGGGAUUUCGUAAUAGAAACCCAAUAAAUAAUAAUAUUACAGACGAAGAGGAUAAAAUUAUUAAUUAUUUCACUCAACACCUCGACAAUAUCAUCAAUUCCAGUCAGUUCAUCAACAAACAAACAAGACAAAUAUUUAGAUGGUCAAUUCCAAUCUUGGAAUACCAUCCACAUCCACAACUCAUUAAAAUUCUCAAUCAACUAUCACCUCAAAUUCAAAACCAAAUAUUUGGUGAAACACUAUCAAAAAAGCUAAACACUAUAAUCAAUCCAUCAUCAUCAUUAUCAUCAUCAUCUUUAUCCAUACCAUCUUCACCAUCAUACUCACCACCUCUUUCAUCCCAAUCAUCUUCACCAUCGCCAUCUUUACAACCUCUAUCACCAUUAUUAAUAUCAUCUUCACCACAAUUAUCACCAUCUUCAAUACCAUUAUCACUUUCACACUCACCACAAUUACCAUCAUCUUCAAUACCAUUAUCACCAUCAUAUUCGCCACUCUCUGAGAGUUCAUUAUCACUACUAUCUUCACCAGCUACAUGUAAAAAUAAACUUCAUAUAUUUAUUUGCGGAGUAAAUGACAACCCAAAUAUUUUAAAUAAUAGAAAAGUAUGUGAAGAUUGUAGAAAUAAUAACAAUAAUAAAAAUAACAAUGACAUUAACAAUAAUUCUAAUAAUAAUAAUAAUAACAAUAAUAACAAUAAUAAUAACAAUAACAAUAACAGUAAUUCUAAUAAUAAUAAUAACAAUAAUAACAAUAAUAAAAAUAAUAAAAUAAAUAAUAAAAAAAACAAAAUCAAAUGGGAAUGCAAUAAAUGUGGAGUUAUCAACAACUAUAACAGAGAAAAAGUAUUUGUUGACCAAUCCAGAGUUUUUAUCGGGCACUGUAAGAAUUGCUUACAAGAACACCCAAUGUUUUAUAACGAAAAAGUAAAAACUGAAUAUGCCAAUCUAAUUAAUCUAUUUCCAGGUCAUGGAGGUGGUCAUAUGGGGUUCAUUCCUGGAAUGAAAGGAAUCAACCCAGCUCCAUACGUCGAAAAAGAACUAAAAGAUGUUUGCCAAUACAUUUACACUAAUACCAAAGUAAAUGUUCGUUAUAAGAUUGUCGAUGAGUUCAAUACAUCUCAAGUGUUCUCGCCACUACUCGAAGAGAACGAACUAGAGGUUCGCAGAGAUAUUUCAAAGUAUGACUCUGCCAAGUGCCUAAAGCAUAUUCCAGAGGCGCACUGGGAUCCACAUAACAGAAAGGUGCCUCUAUCCGAAAGUACUCUCCGCCCAGGCAAAGUUGUUGGAGCCAUUUGUCAACCAACAGCAGCAGCAGCAGAUCAUACUAAUAACAUUGUUGAAAAUACAAACAUCAAAACUACUACCAAUGAAAAUGAUAACAAUAAAGAUAUUGUUGUUGUUGGUGAAAACAAUAAAAAUUUAAAUAUUGUUCAACAACUAUCAGAUAUUAAUAGUAAUGGUAAGAGAACAAUGACAAACAACAAUAAUAGUAGUGGUAGUAAUAGUAGUAAUAGUAGUCAUAGCGGUCUGUUCUGUGAGGAACAUGAUAAGAAGCUGAAAUUGAUAUGUGUUAGUUGCUGCGCCAUGGUUUGCACUCGUUGCACCACUAGCAACCACAAAAAUCAUGUGUUUGAUGAUAGCCAUUCCAUCGGUAAAACGAUCACCGAUGAAACAUUGAUGAAUCUGUGGAAUCGUCUAAAGACAUUCAAGCGAAUGCAUACCAACUACAGACACACAGAGCAACAGAUCAUUCAGUUCUACGGUGAUCUACACGAGCUGCUCAUCACACAUGAGCUCAAAGCGAAAAUACCGAUACUCGAGCAAUACGACAAGCUCAACACAUCACUCAAGAGCGUACUCCAUCAAAUUAAAUUCAUCUUUCAACUGAAAUACUCACAUCAUUCACAUUCAAUCAAACAAAUGGAAACAAAAUCAACAACAACAACAGCAUCAUCAUCAUCAGCAACAUCAUCAUCAACAACAACAACAACAAUAACACCUGAAGAAGAUAAUAAUGAUAACAAUAAUAAUAACAAUAAUGAUAAUAAUAAUAAUGAUAAUGAAUAUAUGAUAAAAAAGUUAAUAUCAUUAAUAAAUACAUUGAAUAACGAGGUUGGAAAUGGAGAUGAUUCUGAUGGAGAUUCCAAACUCAAUGAUGAUGAAUAUGCAGAGUUGAUAUCAGAGAUGAAAAACUCGAUGAUUGAUGAAUUGGAUGUUACAAAGAUGAUAGAGUCUAUUGAUAACACUAAAACCUUUACAAACUUUCUAAAUGAUCAUCAUAGGCUUUUUAGACUGACAACUCCUACACUGACCGACACUUAUAAAUAUGAAAAGAAUCUGCUGGAAUUCGAGAGUGUUCUACCAAAGAAUAUAGAGGUGUCGUUCAAUCACAACAAACUCGCUAGUAUCAAGAGUAAAAUUUCGGAACUCUACCACCAGACCGACCACUACUCCAACAAGUCAAAACAAUGCAUCCUAUCGGUGUAUCAAGCGGAACAGGACACCAAGAUUGCCAUUGAGAAUCUAAAGAGUAAGACAGGCCAAAUCACUGUAUACACUUGUCAUAUUGAGAGUUGUCAAUGGACAAACACUCUCUACUCGAUGGUUGCGGUCGGAUCGAAAGUCUAUGUAUUCGGCGGAAACAAUCGCGCCAAGAACUACUCGACGAUCGACCUCGAUUCCAACUCUAUCUCCAUUACGGACCGCGGAGAAUUCGAUACUGCGCAGGGUGGCGAAGCCAAGUACCACGACGUUUCUGUAUUGGUAUACAAGAUUUCAAGAAUAAUAACAACAACAACAAUGAAAAUGCCAACAAUAUCAAUUCUAAAAAAUCAAUAA